AUGACUACCUUGGGUUCGAACGAUAUAGGAUUUAAUACUUUUAACUUCUGUUUUGUAAACACAAGAUACGUCAGCCCGUCAGAAGGCAUCUGGCGGCUGUUUUCGUACGAAUUGCACAAGAGAAGUCACACGAUCGUCAGACUUCCUGUCCUCCUAGAAGGUCGACAAAACGUCUACUUUGCGCCGGGACAAGCGCAAGAGCUGUUGCAAAACGAAGCUCUACAUCGUACGAGGCUAACUGAGUUCUUCGCGCUCAACAUAAACGACGUGGAAGCUCGACAAUACCGAUAUACCGACGCAUUACACGUGGAACGCUGCUCAGAGGACGUGGGCACAACAGUUGGACGACAUGAACGCCGAACAGCGAACUGUGUUCGACCGCGUAAUGGCGGCCGUCGACGACGGCCUAGAAGCAGCGAAGACUUUCUACGUCGACGGAUCUGGCGGCACCGGAAAAACGACUGUACGGAUGCCUCAUUUGGUCGCAGCAGUGGCCGGUCGGUGUUAUGCGUCGCAUUCAUCGGGAUUGCUGCGUCACUCAUGGACGGCGGCAUGACCGUGCACUCGACGUUCGGAUUGCCGUUCGGCACGCUGACCGACGACUCUACAUCGACCAUCACCAUGCAGUCCGAGCGAGCGCGCAAGAUACGCGACGCGGCACUCAUCGUGUGGGACGAGGCGCCAAUGUCCCCGGGACUGCAGCUGACGGUGGUGGACCGCCUGCUCAGGGACGUCAUGGGAUCAGAAUUACCGUUCGGCGGUAAACCCAUGCUGUUCUCGGGCGACUUCAGGCAGAUAUUGCCCGUGGUCCGAAGAGGAUCGAGGGCUGACAUCGUCAUGUCCUCGAUCAAGCACAACAGUCUGUGGCGCGGCAUGGAGUGCUUCAACCUGGUCCGCAACGUGCGCGCCGACAACGACGCGCGCUUCGCUGCUUGGUUGCUCCAGCUCGGCAACGGUCGACUGCCCGCGGUCGACGGUGUCCCAGACACCGUGCAAAUCCCCCGGGCAAUGACAUGUGACGUUGCUGAUCUCAUAGAUUUCUUCUAUCCGGAGCAAAUGUCGUUGGCCAACGUCGACGACUUUUCUCGGAGAAUCGUUCUGUGUCCCAGGAACGACGAAUGUCGAGCCGUCAACAGGGACGUGCUUCAGCGCGUCGACGGUGCCGAGAGGAGCUACACCUCCAUCGACACCGUGGUCGUCGACGAUCCCGACGAAGUGGCCAAUUUCCCCACAGAAUUCCUCAACAGUUUGGAACCGGACGGCCUGCCGCCGUACCGGCUGACGUUGAAGGUGGGGUCAAUCGUCAUGCUGCUCAGAAAUCUCGAACCGAAGAGACGGCUGUGCAACGGCACUAGGUUGGUGGUCACCGAACUGCGUCAUCACAAUUUCAAGGCCAGGAUUUUGAACGUUGACGCACAGGACGAUAUAGUCGUGCCUGCGAUACCGCUCACGUCCAGCGGCGAGGACGACCUGCCCAUCAUAAUGCGGCGCGUUCAGUUCCCGGUGAGGUUGUCGUUCGCCAUGACCAUCAACAAGUCGCAGGGUCAGACGUUCGACCGAGUGGGUCUGCUACUGCCGUCGCCCGUGUUCACGCACGGGCAACUGUACGUGGCGUUCUCGAGAGUGAGAAACGCACAGUCACUGAGAGUCGGCAUGUACACCGAUGUCACCAAGAACAUCGUGUACAGGGAGGUUCUGGACUGAUGCGUUGGUAAUCAUAUCGGUUUAACACGGCUAAUAUAUUUUUCAAACACAAUAUAUUACGCUGCUGUUAUUCUCGAAACACUUAGCUCUGACACGGUUAAUAUAUUUUUCAAACAUAAUGUAUUAUGCUGCUGUUAUUCUUGUAAGAUGUCACACAUAGCUCUGACACGGCUACUAUAUUUUUCAAACACAAUAUAUUGAGCCGUGGUUAUUCUUGUGCUUCGUGGUCUUUGUGGUCUUUGUGGUGGAGAGAAAGUUUGACAACCUCCACGUGGUUCUCUCUGGAUGCGGAUUCACUAUGAUAUGAGUUCAUAGUGAAUUCGUAACUAAUGUCAACAUUUUUAUUGUCAUGUUAUGUAUUCGAUAACUGUUAUUACCUAUAGUAAUAUGUUUACAAUAUGUCUGUUACAUAAACUAUAUUAUGUGCCUUAAACAUUAUUUGAUGAUAAUUAUUAAUUUGUGUCAUGUAACAAUUUGUACAA